AUGUCGGUAAGAACGGCACCCGGUCCCGACAGAAUAAGACCAGAACACCUGAAGAGCCUUCCGCCAGUACUCAUCAACACCCUGGCGAGGCUCUUUACACGUUAUCUGUCGGAAUGCAAGGUUCCUAAACAGUGGAAGACCAGCAAGACCGUGUUGUUGUAUAAAAAGGGAGAUCCACAUGACAUCGGCAACUAUCGUCCAAUCUGCCUACUGUUCGUCAUCUACAAGCUCUUUACACGAGUGAUCCUUAAUAGGAUUGAAAAGUCUUGGAUGAAGGACAGCCAUGCGAGCAAGCAGGGUUUCGAAAAGGAUUCAGCACGAUUGACCACAUUCACACUGUUUCGAAAUUCAUCGAGGUAUCACGAGAGUACAAGAUGCCGCUCUGUCUCACCUUCAUCGACUUAA